AUGGCGUCCACAUCGGACGAGCCGAAGCCCUCGGAGGGUGGGAAGACUCAGAUUGAGCAGAGCAACUUGGCAGAGUCGGCGGUGACCCACGAUCCUCCUCACUCCCCGCCUUCCGACAAUGACGGCGGCGAGCGUCCUGUUCGCAAACAACUCAGAGAAACGACCAUCGAGUCAACCCCGGCCAAGGAAAAUGGUAGAAAGCGAUCCUUUGAAGAAUCCCGAGAUGAUCUGAACAACUACCCCGACGAUGGCGAAGGAAGAAGGAAGCGAUCGCGAUCGUCCACACCCACCAACGAACAGUCUUCCGAGACGGCCAAGGCCAAGGAAGCAAGCUCUGCUACUACCGCGCCUUCUGAACAAAACGUGAGUGGAAACUCCGACACACCCAAGGACCCGAUCUCGGCCACAAAGAAGGAUCAAGUCCAGGACGAACGCACCACCGAGGUGUCCCCUCUCGAAACAGAAGCACUAGAACCCAAGAAAUCCCCGAAGGUUGAUGCAGCUGCCCCACUAGCGCAUUCAGAGCCUGAAGAUCAACGGGAGUAUCGCAAUGAUUCGGUGCCGAAGGCGGACGAUGAGCACUCCGUGAAGCGUGAUCCCUCUGCAGAAUCCUCGGAGGUUGGUACAGCUACCGACAUGGCGCAUCCAGAGCACGAUCCGGUGUCCGAAGACCAACGGGAGCGUUGCAAUGAUUCGGUGCCGGAGGCAGACGAUGAGCAUCCCGAGAAGCGUGAUCUCUCUUGUGAAAUUCCAGACAAUGAUCAAGAAUUCGAUUCCCCUCUACCGUCCCCGGAAUCAAGCUAUUCCCCAGACCCCAAUCUUUUUCCAAAUUCCCCGGAAUCCCGCGAUUCUCCGAAUCCUGAUCUCCCCAAGUCUCCGGCCAGUGAACCUGGAUUUUCUGCUGAGACUCAACCCAGCAGCUCGGAGGCGCAAAUGCCAGAAAGUCAGCAUGAAGUCGAUGUUAACGACGACCCGUCAUCCCAGGAAACCUCGAAUUCCGGAGCCACCGACUCUUCAAAGGGUCUAACAAAGAAGCGAAGCAGAGAGCAGCUCGAUCAGGAGUCCCCUAAGAAAUCAGAUGCGAUGAAGGAUUCGACACAGACAACUGCUCAAGGUGAAAAUUCUACGGCCCAAGAAGAGCGAGAGACGAAGCGACCCCGGGAUAACUCAGAAGAGAAGGACAAGGAAAAUACCAACAAGGUUUGCAUUUCCCCCUUCGCUAUCCUACUUAAUGAUCUUGUCGUUUUGACUAACCAUCAUCUGCAGCUGUUCUCUCAAAGCGCUUUCGCUAACGCAUCGGUCGAUUCUCCGUUUGCAAAACUCGCCACGGCAAAGCCACCGGCACCCACUGAAGCGCCUGCGGCUACUGACAAGCCUGCCUCUAGCUCCGCAUUUGCAGGAUCGACACUGGGUAGCUUUGCCGGGUCUGAUAAGUCGCCUUUCGGUGUCCUUGGAGCAUCAACGUCAUCUGUCUUCAAAUCAGCUAGUCCCUUCGGAUCCACUGGCACCGCUGGUACUAGCGCUCUCGGUGGCUUCGGCGGUAUUGGAGGUGGCUUUGGAUCUGCCAGCACUGGCCUGACAAGCUUUGCCUCUCCCAACGUAUCCUCCACUUUCGGCGAGACCAAGCCCAAGCCACUUGGCGCAGAAGAUUCCGAAAAUGAAGAGGAAGAAGAAGACGACGACGAGGAAAAUGAUACGUUCGAGGCAGCUAAGACCGACGAGCGUUUCUACGCGCAGACCAUUGAAACUGGCGAGGAAGAAGAGAGCACCAUUUUUGCAUGCAAGGCAAAGUUGUAUGGUUUCUCAGCCGGCGAGUGGAAGGAACGCGGUAUUGGUACCUUCAAGCUCAACGUGCGGCAUGUUGACGGAAAGCGACUCGGCCGUAUGAUCAUGCGCGCAGACGGGGCUUUACGGGUCAUGCUAAACAGCCCCGUCUUUCAGGGCAUGAAAUAUGGGGAUGCCAAGAGCCAGGCUCCCACAAGUCGGCUUGUUUAUUUGGCAAGCAUGGAAGAUGGACACACUCUUCCUCUACUCCUGCGCACGCCCAACGAAGGAUAUGCCCAGGACUUGUUCGAGGCCAUCAAGGGGCUUUUGGCUGGAGGGGAUGAGGAGUAA